AUGACAGGAGUGUUUGACAGAAGAGUCCCAAGCAUCCGAUCCGGCGACUUCCAAGCUCCGUUCCCGACGUCCGCCGCCAUGCACCACCCGUCUCAGGAAUCGCCAACUUUGCCCGAGUCCUCGGCCACCGAUUCUGACUACUACAGUCCCGCGGGGACCGCCCCGCACGGCUACUGCUCUCCUACCUCUGCUUCUUACGGCAAAGCGCUCAACCCCUACCAGUACCAGUACCACGGCGUGAACGGCUCCGCAGCCGGCUACCCGGCCAAGGCUUACGCCGACUACGGCUACGCCAGCCCUUACCACCAGUACGGCGGCGCCUACAACCGCGUCCCGAGUGCCACCAGCCAGCCAGAGAAAGAAGUGGCGGAGCCAGAGGUGAGGAUGGUGAAUGGUAAACCAAAGAAAGUUCGUAAACCCAGGACUAUUUAUUCCAGCUUUCAGCUGGCCGCUUUACAGAGAAGGUUUCAGAAGACUCAGUACCUCGCCCUGCCAGAACGCGCGGAGUUGGCCGCCUCUCUAGGACUGACGCAAACACAGGUGAAAAUCUGGUUUCAGAACAAAAGAUCCAAGAUCAAGAAGAUCAUGAAAAACGGGGAGGUGCCCCCGGAGCACAGUCCCAGCUCCAGCGACCCUAUGGCGUGUAACUCGCCACAGUCACCAGCGGUGUGGGAGCCCCAGGGCUCAUCCCGCUCUCUCAGCCACCACCCUCAUGCCCACCCUCCGACCUCCAACCAAUCCCCCGCGUCCAGCUACCUGGAGAACUCGGCUUCCUGGUACCCAAGCGCAGCCAGCACAAUCAAUUCCCACCUGCCACCGCCGGGCUCCUUGCAGCACCCGCUGGCCCUGGCCUCCGGGACGCUUUAUUAG